AAAAAGUUAGAAAGUCACUUAAUAAGAUCUUAAUCUCAUCUAAAGGAUCAAGUAAUUUACCCUGUUUAAUUUAAAUAAAUGAAUUGAAUGCCAUAGUAAGUAACACUACGUCAAAUGUAGAAAUGCAAUUAUAAAUCUAGAUCAUACAAUUUUUUGCAAGUCAUCACUUUAAAACAUAAUUUUUUUUCAAAUCCUACUUAUUUAUCGUGCUCCUUUCACUUUAUUUCUUAAAAAAAAAAAAAAAAGAAAAAAAUUGGGGGGGGGGGGUCAUUUUAUAAAAUUCGUUUUGCCCAAUCUACCAUUCGUAGAUCAGAUAAGAUAAUAUAAGAUACGAUUAUUUCGCAACAGCAGACAAAUUAAACACUUUAAAGAAAAGAUAACUAAAGUAUUUCCCAGUCGAAAAACUAUUUGGUCAUAUUCCAUUAAAAACCCCACUCCCUUUGGGACAACAAUAAAUUUAAUGGUCAUUAUUUAGGGUUUGUCAAAGUCUUGGGUGUACGCUGAUCACUCAGAUAUAUUUUGAAAAAAAAAUGCAUUUCUCUAAAUGUUUUUGUGCUAGCUUUGCGAUGAAGUAUUCGCCCUGAUUGAGCUGAUGUUAAGCACCUGUGUGAAGAGGGCGGGAGGAAUCCUUUAAUGAAUCUUUUUAUUUUUAUUAUAUUUUUUUUUAUUUUACCACAUCAUUUUUCUUCCAAUAGUUCUUCGAGCAAAUGGUUGUCUUUAUGCGCCAGAAUUGAUGUGCCUUCUUUGUAACACAUCUAAGCUGUAUAUCUGGUUUGAAAAAUGGGUAGAUCAGAUCACAUUGAGUCUUCAACUAAGAAAUAAUCCAGUUGUUUUUUUUUUCAACGACGAACAUGUCAAUCCAUUUAUAGAAAGCCUGUGUUUUUGGACUUAAGUGAACAAAACAGAGAUGACGCCUUGUUUCACCUUAACUUGCCGAAUGACCUACUUGUUACACGACUAGAGAAUCCAAGACGCCUUGUUUCACCCUAGCGUGCCGAAUGACCUUCUUGUUACACGACUAGAGAAUCCAAGACGCCUUGUUUCACCCUAGCGUGCCGAAUGACCUACUUGUUACACGACUAGAGAAUCCAUGACGCCUUGUUUCACCCUAGCGUGCCGAAUGACCUUCUUGUUACACGACUAGAGAAUCCAUGACGCCUUGUUUCACCCUAGCGUGCCGAAUGACCUUCUUGUUACACGACUAGAGAAUCCACGAGGAAACGUGCUAAAAAAGAACUUCAUAUCAAUGUUUAAGGAAGCUUGGCUUUCACAGCGUUCUUUUAGUCUUAAUUGGCCACCCCCCCCCCCACCAAACACUUGUUUCUUCGUUUAAAAAAAAAAGUCCCUCUUCUGAUCCUAUCUGUUACUUCUACCACUACUUGUUACACGACUAGAAAAUCCACGAGGAAACGUGCUAAAAAAGAACUUCAUAUCAAUGUUUAAGGAAGCUUGGCUUUCACAGCGUUCUUUUAGUCUUAAUUGGCCCCCCCCCCCCCCCACCAAACACUUGUUUCUUCGUUUAAAAAAAAAAGUCCCUCUUCUGAUCCUAUCUGUUACUUCUACCACUAUAACAGAGACUCUGUGAUUAACCAACUGAUUCCGUCAACGACUGUUGGUCCAUUUUGUUUUAAACUUCAGGUCAGAUUCUGAAAUGGUAACAAUAGUCUCUAUCGUCUGCGCUGAAUGACCGAUCCGGCCCCACCGAUGGACGAAAAAUGGCCUCUGAGGAACCCAUUGAUGUCGUAGGAGAAGUUGCAAACAUCAUAACAUUAUGUGGUAGGCACACACCGUGUUGACCUCAAGUUAAGACAAACAUCCUUAACAUUAUGUGGUAGGCACAGCAGAAUGUUUUACUUUAAUUCACACUAACUCCAUAACAUUAUGUAAUAGGCACAGCAGAAUGUUUUACUUUAAUUCACACCAACUCCAUAACAUUAUGUGGUAGGCACAGCAGAAUAUUUUACUUUAAUUCACACCAACUCCAUUACAUCAUGUAAUAGGCACAGCAGAAUGUUUUACUUUAAUUCACACCAACUCCAUAACAUUAUGUGGUAGGCACAGCAGAAUAUUUUACUUUAAUUCACACCAACUCCAUUACAUUAUGUAAUAGGCACAGCAGAAUGUUUUACUUUAAUUCACACCAACUCCAUUACAUUAUGUGGUAGGCACAUCAGAAUAUUUUACUUUAAUUCACACCAACUCCAUAACAUUAUGUGGUAGGCACAGCAGAAUGUUUUACUUUAAUUCACACCAACUCCAUAACAUUAUGUAAUAGGCACAGCAGAAUGUUUUACUUUAAUUCACACCAACUCCAUUACAUUAUGUGGUAGGCACAUCAGAAUAUUUUACUUUAAUUCACACCAACUCCAUAACAUUAUGUAAUAGGCACAGCAGAAUAUUUUACUUUAAUUCACACCAAGUCCAUUACAUUAUGUAAUAGGCACAGCAGAAUAUUUUACUUUAAUUCACACCAACUCCAUAACAUUAUGUGGUAGGCACAGCAGAAUGUUUUACUUUAAUUCACACCAACUCCAUUACAUUAUGUAAUAGGCACAGCAGAAUGUUUUACUUUAAUUCACACCAACUCCAUUACAUUAUGUAAUAGGCACAGCAAAAUGUUUUACUUUAAUUCACACCAACUCCAUUACAUUAUGUGGUAGGCACAGCAAAAUGUUUUACUUUAAUUCACACCAACUCCAUUACAUUAUGUGGUAGGCACCGCAAAAUGUUUUACUUUAAUUCACACCAACUCUAUUACAUUAUGUGGUAGGCACAGCAGAAUGUUUUACUUUAAUUCACACCAACUCCAUUACAUUAUGUGGUAUGCACAGCAGAAUGUUUUACUUUAAUUCACACCAACUCCAUUACAUUAUGUAAUAGGCACAGCAGAAUGUUUUACUUUAAUUCACACCAACUCCAUAACAUUGUGUAAUAGGCACAGAAGAAUAUUUUACUUUAAUUCACACCAAAUACAUUACAUUAUGUAAUAGGCACAGCAGAGUAUUUUACUUUAAUUCACACUAACUCCAUAACAUUAUGUAAUAGGCACUGCAGAAUGUUUUACUUUAAUUCACACCAACUCCAUUACAUUAUGUAAUAGGCACAGCAGAAUAUUUUACUUUCAUUCACACCAACUCCAUUACAUUAUGUGGUAGGCACAGCAAAAUGUCUUACUUUAAUUCACACCAACUCCAUUACAUUAUAUGGUAGGCACAGCAAAAUGUUUUACUUUAAUUCACACCAACUCCAUUACAUUAUGUGGUAGGCACAGCAAAAUGUUUUACUUUAAUUCACACCAACUCCAUUACAUUAUGUGGUAGGCACAGCAGAAUGUUUUACUUUAAUUCACACCAACUCCAUUACAUUAUGUGGUAGGCACAGCAGAAUGUUUUACUUUAAUUCACACCAACGCCAUUACAUUAUGUGGUAGGCACAGCAAAAUGUUUUACUUUAAUUCAAACCAACUCUAUUAUAUUAUGUGGUAGGCACAGCAGAAUGGUUUACUUUAAAUAACGCAAACCUAAUACUUUGUUGUGUAAGCACAUUGAAUACAAUCACUUCGGGAAAGGGGGGGGGGGGGUAACACAGACGUCAAAAGCGUUACCCCGUAAGCCCGUCUUAACUAUUGCUCAGUUGGCCACAGUUUAGUCGUAGGGGGGAUCCCCCUAACGAUCCCGUGAUGUUGGGCUUCUGUUAAGUUAACCACUAUUAUAUUAUGUGGUAGGCACAGCAGAAUGGUUUACUUUAAAUAACGCAAACCUAAUACUUUGUUGUGUAAGCACAUUGAAUACAAUCACUUCGGGAAAGGGGGGGGGGUAACACAGACGUCAUAAGCGUUACCCCGUAAGCCCGUCUUAACUAUUGCUCAGUUGGCCACAGUUUAGUCGUAGGGAGGAUCCCCCUAACGAUCCCGUGAUGUUGGGCUUCUGUUAAGUUAACCAGCGGCCUCUUACGAAUUAUGAAUAUGAUUCGACGCAGUCUGUUAGGCGCCCGUUGAAGAAACUAGGACACACAACAAAGGUAUCGGAGUAGCUGCAACACACAGGAUGGACAUCCACGUCCACCCUCAAUUCAACAAGCUAGGCAGCACAGAUAAGCGGAUUAGCUGACCAGCGCCACACCGGGUGCACUAAUUAGCAAUAGCACUACCGGGGGUGGGGGAAGGGGUGCAAAGCUAAAUAUAUUCAAGACGCUUAGCGAUUUGUAAUUUUUCUUAUCAUUUGUGAGUGAUUUUUUUUUUGAAAGAUACACAAAAUAAUGAAUACAUUAAGAAUUUUACCUCUGGCUGAGCCGUUAACGAAAUGCUUCUCACAACUAAAUCUGCGGACUGCGCAUCAUAUUAAAAAAAGUAAUUGAAAAGCCACUUAGGACGUACAUUUCAGUUUGGUGUUUAUAUUAUGACUCCAUUGUUUCAGCCUUAUUGAUAUACCUCUAUCAUCUGAUUGGAUGUCACGUCUUCCGUAGUGUAUUCCUGCGCCAGUUGGCCUACAUCUUUCAGACAGUACGGCUUGUCAUUCUGCUGGGCAUCCUGCUGCCGUGUCUAACUCACUGGUCAGUGUGAUGGCUCGUAAAAACUCCUUCAUUUAUACAGAUUCAUUUAACGACUUUACUUAGAUGUGUUCCUAGUGCUCUCUUGUCAACAUGCGCAAUGCACAGCUGGUUCGCAAAGACUGGAUGGAACCGGAGAAUAACGUUUUCGGGUUGAAGAUCCGAUCGUGACAAUAAUUUUAUUUAGUAAAUUAAAAUAUUUCUUGUAGAGCAAAACAAUAGGUGUAAAGUAAAACUUUUGUACUAGUUCCAGAACUGGGUUGAAAGUAAAACAAAGACAGAGAAGGGACGGAUGGACAGACAGAGACACUAACAGAGAUAGAGAAAGAACGAAAAGAACAAGAGAAACAUAGUUUUUGUGUUGAAGAACAUUACCUCUUGGAGACGGACUAUUAGUACAAAAUUCAACUCAAUAACGAAAAGCUCUGUAUUUGACUUAGGCUACGUGAUUUAAAACAUUAUUUUUUUUUUAAAAUGUAAACCUAAGGGUUCUCAAAGCGUUUGUUCUCAUCUGUUCCUCCAGGCAAGCGUUCGCCCUGUACCCCAAAAUCUCGCCUAAGGAAUUCCCGUACAUGGUCAUCGCCCUGCUGUUCCUGAACGUGGUCUUUUCCCUGGUCAUCCAUUCGUUUGCCGAUUAUUUGUGGCUGUUCUACAACGGACAGGUCAACAAGUGGUGCCGGAAAGGUGACUGCAGGAAGGCAAAAUGUCGCAAUUGUGUGACGUUCUGUAGGAAGAAAGUGAAAAAAUGUUGAAAGAAACAAAAGAAAUAUUCUCUGAGGGUUUUUAAACCAACAGCAUUCUAGAAUGCGACGUCCACUGCGUCUCAAGUUAUUUACAGUCUACCAAAAUUGAGAAGUCAUUUUCGCAAAGGAC